AUGAGAAAAUCUAGCACUUCUUCAAUGAAUAGCUCAAAGAAGCAGUCUACAAACUUAGCUGACUCUUAAAAAUAACAAAUUUUAAGCACAUUUGAAUAGCAAAAAAAAGAUAAUAUAGUUUAAUAGUAGAGAAAUAUCAUAGAAGCUUUGCAAAAUUAAUUAGAUUAAGGAACAAAAACUAAAGAAGAAAGAUUUGCUUAUUUAUAAGAUAUCUUAGGCGAAACUAAUUUAGGAGUAGAAUUUUUCCAAACUAAUCCGUAGGAUUAAAAUAAGUUAUAAGUUGAAUAUGAUCAAAUUAAUACAGCCAUAAACACAAUAAAAUCAGCAAAAAAAGAUACUAAAAGAAAAGAAACUUAUAAAGAAAGUCCUUGUGCAUCAAUAGGUAUAAAUGAAGUGAAACAAAGAAUGAACAUAAUAAACCCAGAUUUCCCUCAAGAAGAAAUUUAAUUUAUGUUUCCACCUAGAAAAGAAGUAAAUAGCAAAGAAUUAUUUGAGCUGCUAAGAGUAAACUAAAUACAAAAAGACCCUCUUACUGAAGCUUUAAAGCUUUUUUUAGAUUAAAAUGGGGAAUUAAAUAAAGGAAAAUUAAACAUAAUGAUGAAAUAUUUAGGUUAUGGUUAAAUUGACACAAAAGAAAUGAAUAUUUUAAAAGAUAUCUUAGACAUAGAUUAAGAUGGUAAAAUUACCUAAGAAGACUUAAAAGAAGUAUUCUCUGGUUGUAAUAAAAUUUAUAAAAUUCAACAAUAAAAUAAAAAUGAAGAAUAAGAUUAGAAAUGA